AAAAUUCAAACACUUUUUUAAAUCAACAAAGAGUCGAAUUUUAUGUCCUUAUCCUUGAAGUGCAUCUAGAGAUUUAGUUCUUAUCCUUUACCAAGAAAGAUCGGUGUUUUAGGCUAUGGUGCUAUUGGAAGUGCAUUUGUAGAAGUUCUUUUAAAAAACCAUCCAAGUAUAGAAGUGUUCUUUAUUCUUAGAUGCUUAAAUAGUUGCUCUUGAUAAAUAUGAUGCUUUUAAAAGAAAUGAGAAACGUUUUGAAUGCAUAAUAGAAGAAAGAACCAAAGAAAAUAUAGAUGACACACUUUCAAGAAUGGGGUAAUGAAUUCAUUAAAUUAAUAGAUUGGAAAGCGGAGAUAUUUUAGUGGAUUUGUCAACAAACAUUGAAUUCUUAUCCAUUUGGCCAUUAUGUGUAGAGAAAAAGAUCAGAUAUAUGAAUACAGCCUUAGAAUAAUGGGAAGAUAGUGAAGAUGCUAAUUCUUGUCCUAAAGAUAAGGAUGAAGCAUAUAAGUUAACAUUAGGAUACAUUAGGGAUAAGGCUAAGUCAUCUAAGUAUUGGAAUCCAAGAUAUGGAGCUACAAGCAUUUUAGAAAUGGGAUUUAAUCCUGGAGUUAUUUCACAUUGUGUAAAAAGAGGAUUGGAAGAUUGUGCUAAAUAUUACUUAAAACAUAAAGAAAAGGUAAAAGAUGUGAACAAAUAAUUGUUGAAAAAAUAUUUGGAAGCUAGAAAUCAUUCUAAACUAGCCCAGGUGUUGGGUGUUCAUACAAUACAUUGUUCAGAAUAUGAUAAUCAAAUGAUGAAGGAUAUCCCAAAAGAUAGUAAUACUAAAUUCUAUAAUACAUGGUCUUGUAGAGGAUUUCUGACUGAAGGACUUGUACCAAUCUAAGUUGCUAGAGGUAGUCAUGAAGAUCCUGAAAUACAAUCUAUGUUUACUAUUAGAAAUGGAAAGACUAUUGUAUCCACUAAACCUUCAGUAUAGACAUUUGCUAAAAGUUGGCUUCCUAAUUAAGAUAUUACUGGAGUUUUAAUACCUCAUGGUGAAGCUUAUAGUAUCUAAGACUAUUUGGCUGAUCGUGAAACUGGAUAUGCUCCAUCCUAGUAUUAUGUUUAUGAUUACAAUCCUUUGGCCAAAAAAUUUAUAGCAGGUCUUCCAAAGAAUGCUGACAUCAAUAAUACUCAUCCUGAAAUGGAAGUUAUUCACCCUAUCAAUCAUCCUUCAUUAAGAGGAGUUGAUAAAGUAGGUGCCAUGAUUAUUAUGAAUAAUAACAGAGGCUGGUGGACUGGUAGCAUUAUGGAUGAAGUCGAUAGUUCCAUGUUAUUUAAUGGAAGAUUUGGACCCACUGUUUUAUAAGUUGUGGGAGGAGUUUAUGCAGGAUUUUUAUGGAGUUGUAUCAAUCCAAAUAUUGGAUCACAUUUCCCAGAAAGUAUAGAUACUGAUUUUCUUUUGAAUAUUGUAAUCAUUAUUUUUAUCAUAUUAGGGAUAACCAAUGAUGGGCAGAUUUCUUUCAGUUAAUGUGGACUUGACCAAAACAUCCAUUAAAGAUUGUUAUAAGUUGCAGAACUUCAUUUGUGACAAGCAGUGAUUAUUUAAUAUAUAUUAUUCAAUUAUAAAUUUAU